UUCUAGGAGGAUAAAUGGAUACCAUUAGUCACUGAUUUUAAGGUCUCAUCCAAUCAGUCCCCAGUGAAUGGUAUUUUGUAUGUUUUGGAUGUUAUAGACCCUGUGAAUAAUUAAUGGAAAGUAAUUGAUCUGAGCAAUAUUGUCACAAUUGAGGAGUUGAAGGCAAUUCGGUCUAUACCAUUGCCUUUUGAAGAUAGGGAAGAUACUCUAGUAUGGCCCCUAAACAAGUCGGGGACAUACUUUGUUAAGUCUGGGUACCAUUUAGCUAGCAAGCUUUCGGAAAAUCAUCUCUCAAUACAACCCUCAUCCUCCUACUAUGUUCCUCGGUGUUUUUGGAGACAAAUUUGGAACCUGAAAAUCCCCCAAAAAAUUUGCCAUCUUUAGUGGAGAGCAUACAGGGAUGUAUUGGCAAGCAACAAAGGCGAAUUUGGCUAAACGUAGAUGUGCAUCAUCCAAUUUACGUCCAGUAUGCCAUAAAGAAGUGGAAACAGUGGAGCAUAUGCUUUUUGACUGUGAAUGGACACAGGCAGUCUGGUUUGGGAGCAUGUUGAAUUUUUGGAUGGAACCUGGAGCUAUUACGAAUGUGGCGCAAUGGACAGCUCAAUGGGGGGCUGAUAGGGUGUUUAAAGAAGCUGGAAAGGAAAUCCUCAGCAAAAUUGCUUUGAUUGGCUGGUAUAUAUGGAAGGUUGGGGACGAGAACACAAUGGCCAUUGCUGAUAGCUCAAGGGCAAACGGAAAAGAGUUUGGAUGGACACCUCCUCGGGUGGGGACUUUUAAAGUUAACCGUGAUGCAUCUUUCAAUUGGUCAUCUACAAAAGCUUCUGCGGCAGCUAUCCUUAGCGAUUCAGAGGGCCAUUUUAUUGAUGGGGUUGUCACCUCCUUCUUCUCGGCAACAGCUUUGCAAGCUGAAGCGUAUGCGGUGCGUCUGGCUUGCUGUUUAGCUCAGCUGAAUAGGCUUUCUACUGCUGAAUUUGAGAAUGAUAAUCAAGAGCUCAUAAAAUUAUGUGUGCCUGAAACAGUCCCUCCAUGGGAGAUCAUGGCAGUUGUGGUUGAUGUUCGCAGCUUUGCAAAGGACAGAUCUUGAAAGUUCUUGUGGACACGAAGGUCCAACAACAGUGCUGCUCAUUAGGUGGGUGUUGCUCAAUCUAGAUCAACACUACCUGCAAGUUGGGUAACUUGUGUGCCACUAGGAUUAGCGUCUGUUCUUUUAAAUGAAGUAUUUGCCCAUCCUCAGUGUUUUUGCUAUGUAAUCCUUUCUGUUAAAAAAAAAAAAAAAUUAAAUAAAUAAAUAAAACAU